AAAAAAAAAUAUGGCAAAAAAAACUGAUACGGCGACUGAAACAACUACUGCUGUAACUGACACCAUUAUUAACACUGUUGAGCUAGCAACAUCAGUAGCUAUUCCUCUUUCACAAUUCAUUCCGCUCAUUAAAGAUGUAUCUGAAAUUUUUUCGAAAGUCACGGAUUUAUAUAGGUCGGCUCAUCAUAAUAAAAAUAUUACCAGGAUUUUGAUGGAACGUAUCUCUGCAGCAAACACCUGUGUUAAUAUUUUACUAUCAAGAGAAGAUUUAUUAACUUCGAUUUAUUAUAAAAAUUUACAAAGAUUGGUUCAAGUCCUUCAUAAUAUGAAAAAAUUCAUUGAAGAGAUAACACAAUAUAAUACAGUGCAAAAGCAUUUAGGAGCUAAAAGGAUUGAUAAUGAAUUUAAAGAAUUAUGUAAAGAAUAUGAUAGUAUUGGUCAAUUUUAAUACUGAAAAUGAAGAUAAAAUUGUGAAAGAAGAUGUAGAACAACUUGUAAAAUUUCAAGAAGCUUUACUAGAAAGUAUGACCGAUGUGAAACAAAUUGAUCAGAUCGUCGAGCAAGUCAGUGAAAUGGCAAUAACUAUGCAAAAAAUGGACAGUAAAAAAGAAGAUGCAGAUCAAAUUCAAAACAAAAUCGAUAUCAUCUUUCGUACUGAUAAACUUCCAUUCGAAGAUUAUAAAGAAGCUGACGAAGAUAGUAUACGUAGUGACAGAUUGAGAAAAUACAUUCAUGUAAAAACUAAAGAAGAAUUUGCAUUUAAAGUUGUAGAUCAAGAUCAUAUUAAUGAUGUUAAGAAUCAAGUCACAAUUCUUAUAAAACUUAAAGAUUGUCAAAAUAUUAUCGAUUUCUAUGGUCUUACAAAUAAUGGAGUUAAAACUUAUUUAGUAACUGAAUGGGCAGAAAAUGGAAACCUACGUGAGUAUAUUCUUGACCAAUAUAUUGACUUAAAAUUGAAAAUAAGAAUUGCUUAUGAUAUCGCUAAAGGGUUGAAUUUCCUUAAUUCUGUCAAGAUGGUUCAUCGAGAUAUUAGAUCUGAAAAUAUCGUAAUUACAAAUCACGGAAUCGCUAAAAUUACAAAUUUUAAAUUUAGUAGAAGAUUUGGUGAAGCUACUAGUAAUAUAUCUGUAAAUAAAGAAUGUGUUCGGUACAGUGCUCCCGAAAUGUUAAGAAGAGGAAUUUCGGGAGAAAAAGAAAAAAAUGACAAAUAUUCUAUCAAGUAUGACACCAAAUGUGAAGUUUAUAGUUUUGGUAUUCUCCUUUGGGAGAUUGCUGAAUGUAGAAUUCCAUACGAGCAAUUUGAAGAUUUUAUGGUAAUUAGAAGGAAAGUAUUAGAUGGAUAUCGAGAAAAAUUUACACCUGGUACUGGUAUUCCGAAGAAAUAUCAAGAUCUUGUAAAUAGAUCUGUUGAUCAAAAUCCGGGCUUUCGACCUACAUUCUCAAAGAUGCUAACAGUUCUUCAGGAUAUUUUCAGAAGUCUUGAGGAUCAUGAUCCUAAUAGUAACAAACUUCCACCCGUACGAAAAAUGAUUCAGUGCACAAUUGUAGCAGCAGCAGAAGAUUGUGAAAUUAACUGGGAUUCAUUUAACACAAUUCGGGAUUCAUUCAAACUUCCAAUAACUCCUCCCGUACGAAAAAUGACUCAAAGUACAAUUGAAGCGAUAGAAGAUUGUGCAAUUGAUUGGGAUUCAUUUGAUUAUAUGACGCUUGAUAAAGCAAUUGAAUAUCAUAAAAACGAGGGCAAGGAUAAGCAAAUAUUAUAUAAGUGCUUUGAUACUUAUGCUGAAAUGGAUAAUCCACUAGCAAAAUAUUGGAAAGCUUAUUAUAUUUCAAAAGGUUGGUCUAAUCUUGAAUGUUCAGAUCAAGAAAAACAUAAAUUAUCUGUUCAAUUAUUCAAAGCAGUUGCUGAUUAUGGUGAUGAGUAUCCUGAUGCUCAAGUCCGUUAUGCAGCAAUGGUAAUGCAAGGCAAAGGUGUCAAACCAGAUAAAGAUGAAGCGAUUAAAUAUUUUCUUAAAGCUGCUAAAAAUGGACAUCUCGUAGCUAUGUUUAACGUUGCCACUUAUUACUACUCUAGACACGAAAAUGAAUUAGGGAAUUAUUAUAUGAUAAGUGCUGCUAAUAAGGGCUACGAACAAGCAAUUAACUAUUGUAAAAAGAAAAAUAUUUCUUAUUAAUGAUAGAUUUAUUGUAUAAAGUUUUAUAUUUGUACUCCAAUAAGUAUUAGAAAAUUACACUCUUAAAUCUAGGAUUCUCGAGGAAGAUAUAGGAAUAUAAUAGCGGGAGGGUUCAAUUUUAGCUAGAAUUUUUUAUGGAUAUUAAAUAAGUAUUAACCGAGCUUAAAUUACUGUAGUAGUAACUAUUCGAGUGGUUAAAUAAGUCAACAUAUUUAAUUAAAUCCAAUUAUGCCGUAGCUUGCUUUGAAAAUAUUAUAUGUUUCUUAAAUUUACUAUGUAUGUAAUAAACAACUACUAU